AGAGUCUUCGGAGAGCUGAGGUCUCUCUGUGUCUGCCCAUCCCGCCCUACUCUCUCAUGUGCACACACACAGACACACACACACAGACACACUCUCCCGUUGCCUCUCCCUUCUUCCCUCCGUUUGUCUGCGAUGCUGGUGUGGUGAACAGCAGGACACUCUCGGCUGAGCUGCAUGGAGGCACAGGGAGGGGCAGGGAGCCCAGAGCCCAAUAAAGACAUCCAGAAGCUGCUGAAGCCCUCCAGCUCAUGUGACCUCUCCAAGGAGUUGUUCCAGCACCCAGCAGGGGGGGAGGAGGAGGAGGGUGGCCUGUCUGGGCACACUGCUAGCCUGCUGCACAUCACUGAGAAGAGACAACCCCUGAGUAGUGUGUCUUCCUUGGAGGUGCACUUUGACCUCCUGGAUCUGACUGAGCUGACUGAUAUGUCUGACCAGGAACUGGCUGAGGUUUUUGCUGACUCUGAUGAGGAGAACCACAACGAGUCCCCAGCAGGUUCCCACCAGCCUGUGCUGCCCAGAGGUGGGUACAUGCGCUCUCCCUCGUGGACACGCUGCAGCAAAGUUGAGCCCCCACGAGAGAGAAAGCACCACAGUGACUCGGACACCCCGGAGCCUUUAAUGAAGCUGGAGAGACCGAAGUAGCCAUGAUGUCUGAUGUGAAACAGCCAGACCGCAGAGAGAGAGAAAACCCAGAGGCAGACAGACAGAGCCAGAGCGGGAACACAACGAGGACCAAGAGGCCCCCCCAUCUGCCACUGUGCACUCACAUACGGUUUCAUGGUGCUGAACAGACGAGUUCAGGUUGAACUCUGGACAACAUGCUCUGUGCUCUAACUAAAGAUUUGGAGAUGUGCAAUACACACACUCUCCUUCUCUUUCCCUCUCCUCUCUCUCUCUCUCUCUCUCUCUCUCUCUCUCUCACACACACACACAAACGCACACAAUCAUUGUGUUUUUCCUGCAAGAGGUUCUUUUAUGCACUCUGGACUGCCAGAUGAUUUUAGGCUUUGUUUUUGAAUGACAGACAGGGUAUGAGGUCAUCAGAAUAAUAACAGCACCUCCAUCCUUACAGCCUCUCAGGGCGGGGAACAUCCUGGACAGCGAGAUUCGUUCCUAAAUUGUGUCCACAGCGUGUGGCCAGACCUUCCGUGUGAAGUCCAGACACUGGGAUUCACAUUGAAUUACAAGGAUGUUAUUUGAAACAUAAUUCUGUUCAUAGAGCUGUUCAAAAUAAAAUAUAUUACGCUGAGGCUUAAUGUGUUGGCUUGAAAAUGUGACAGGGUUUUUUUUUUCUGUUGCCUGCAAUUAAGGCAACUUAAUCAGUGAAAGUGGACGAAAGUAAGGCCACACUCUUUAUAUCCAUCACACCUUCUCCAUCUUAAUGAAGAAUGUGUGUUGUUAUUAUAAUUGCCUGAAAAUGAAAAUUUUUGCACUUCUCUCACUGAACUGUAUUUACCCCCCUCCCCCCGAAUUAUUGGCAUUUGGUGCAGAUGACAUGAAAGAUAAACAAACCAAGUAGCGAGCUACAUGCGAAAAACUUUUCCUUAAGUUAAUACUUUUGUUAAAGAUUUGUUUCAAUAAAUGUUUUACAAUUAUCUUUUUUUUUUAAUGAUGGCUGCCAGAAUCGCUGCUGCUAAGGUAAUUCGAGUUGGUUCUUUAAAAUUGGUUGUCAGAUUCCAUUAACAGAGAUGCAUUAGCCUACUUGAUGGGGAAUACUUGAAGCAGUUAGCAAUGAACGGAGAAUUGCACCACAGUCAGGUGGACUUCAAUAAGCUUUGCAUGAAUGCCAAAAAUACAACAAAGUGCCAACAAUUUUAUAAUCAUCUUUUAAAAGAUGAAUUUAACUGAAGAUGCAAUAUUUCACAUCUUUCUACACAAAGGUUAUGGCAGAUUACUUGAUUUAUUUAUCUCAUGUUUGGCUUGUCUGUACCAGGAGUGCCAAUAAUUCUGAGUGCUGUGACAUCAUGGAUCAAAAGUGACACUGGGAUAAUAGAAGAAUAAAUAAAAGUCUUGAAAAAA